UCCUACGCUCCAUCGCUCUGAGAGAGAGAGAGAGAGAGAGAGAUAUGAAGUACGUAUUGGUGACGGGAGGAGUGGUAAGUGGACUGGGGAAAGGGGUGACAGCGAGCAGCAUUGGAGUCCUCCUCAAGGCAUGCGGGCUCCGGGUGACGGCGAUAAAAAUCGAUCCUUAUCUGAACACUGAUGCCGGGACGUUGUCUCCAUUUGAGCACGGGGAAGUAUUUGUCUUAGAUGAUGGUGGUGAGGUGAACUUGGAUCUUGGAAAUUAUGAAAGAUUUCUUGAUAUCAAAUUAACUCGGGACAACAACAUCACAACUGGAAAGAUCUAUCAGUUUGUCAUUAACAAGGAGAGGAAGGGAGACUAUCUGGGGAAGACAGUCCAAGUUGUGCCGCACAUUACAAAUGCCAUACAAGAGUGGAUUGAACGUGUAGCUAAGAUACCUGUGGAUGGUAAUGAAGGACCUGCUGAUGUUUGUAUUAUAGAAUUGGGUGGAACUAUAGGGGACAUAGAGUCUAUGCCAUUUAUAGAAGCUUUGGGUCAGUUCUCUUACCGUGUAGGUCCUGGGAACUUCUGUCUGGUUCAUGUCAGUCUUGUUCCUGUUUUAGAUGCAGUUGGCGAGCAGAAAACUAAGCCCACACAACAUAGUGUUCGGAGCCUAAGAGGACUUGGGUUGAUGCCAAAUAUUCUAGCCUGCCGAAGCACUAAGCCACUGGACGAAAAUAUAAAAGAGAAACUUUCACAAUUUUGCCAUAUCCCGGUAGCAAAUAUUAUUACUCUGAACGAUGUUACAAAUAUUUGGCACAUUCCUUUACUGUUGAGGGAGCAAAAGGCACAUGAAGCUUUUAUAAAGCUAUUGAAGCUUCAAGGGAUCGCUAAAGAACCUAUGUUGGAAGAAUGGACGAUUAUAGCUAGAAUUUAUGACAUCUCGCAUGAUCCCGUCAGAAUUGCCAUGGUUGGAAAAUAUACUGGCCUUUCUGAUUCUCAUAUCUCAGUGUUGAAGGCUCUUUCGCAUGCUUCUAUUGCUUGUCGGAAGAAACUUGUGGUGGAUUGGGUCCCAUCUUCUGACCUUGAAGACAGCACCAAAGCAGAAGCUCCUGAUCUUUACAGAGCAGCUUGGAGACGGUUGAGGGGUGCGGAUGGUAUACUAGUCCCAGGAGGCUUUGGAGAUAGAGGGGUGGAAGGAAAGAUUCUUGCUGUUAAAUAUGCCCGUGAAAACAACGUUCCAUUUCUUGGCAUUUGUCUUGGCAUGCAAAUAGCUGUCAUCGAAUUUGCCCGUUCUGUUAUGAACUUGGAGGAUGCAAACAGCACGGAGUUUGACCCUGAUACAACAAAUCCAUGUGUUGUUUUUAUGCCAGAGGGUUGCAAAACUCACCUGGGAGGUAUGAUGCGACUUGGAUCAAGGAGGACCUAUUUUGAGGUUGCUGACAGUAAAGCUGCAAAGUUGUAUGGCAAUGUCAGCUUUGUGGAUGAACGACAUCGGCAUCGAUAUGAGGUGAAUCCCUACAUGAUUACAGAAUUUGAAAAGGCUGGUCUUGCUUUUGUUGGUAAAGACGAAACCAAAAGACGUAUGGAGAUUGUUGAGUUGCAUACUCAUCCUUAUUUCAUUGGUGUGCAAUUUCAUCCGGAGUUCAAGUCAAGACCUGGAAAACCCUGUGCCCUUUUCUCAGGACUUGUAGGAGCUGCUUGUGGACAACUGGAACUUUUGCUGCAAAAUCCCAGCCACUGCAGCACCUUAACAAGGAGACUUACAACAAGCAAUGGCUUCUCACCCAUUCAAUCCCAUCAGAACGGGAAUUCAAAGGACUUACAACAAGCAAUGGCUUCUCACCCACUCAAUCCCACCAGAACGGGAAUGGGAAUUCGAAGAAGCCCGCUACGAGGCUGUCAUACAGGAACAUCUGCUCCAAUGGCAAUGGAAUGCAUGUCUGACGAGUAAGUUACCUCACCAGGGUUUCUGACCGCGUAAGCUGCAUGAAUGGUGCUCGAUCCAGGGUUUUUAGCAGGUGAACACUAUGCAUUUCGGUCUGCUAGAAGUCCAAGUCCUUUAUAUAUAGGUUGGGAAGUGUUUUGAAUUUGUUCAAGAAGCUUUGGUUUCUCUCUGUACAUGGAGAAUGUCUUUGUAACAAUCUCAAGCCUGCUCAAGCCUUCCAGAGGCAUCGAUGUGUGUACAUACACACAUACAUACAUAGUUGUGUUUUGUUGACUGCUCAAGAUCAAUUGUGACUAGCAAUUGUAUCUGUUACUCUUUCUGCUAGCAUUUAUCUUCAGAA